UCCAAGGUUAACAAGAGAUUGAUUGAACCUAUAAUCGCAAAAAUUCUAGUCUUUUGGGAUUUUGAAACUGUUCAUAUGAACUAUUUUCAAGAUCUUUUUCAAGAUCCAAAUCCCAGAAGACACAGUGAUUUUUGCAGUUAUGGUUCCAAUUAUAUAAUCAACUAAGCUGCUGUGUUACACUCCUUUGUCUGAUGAUUACUUCAAAACAACGUAUAUAUGGCCUCGAACAGAACUGGUGUUCGAUCUUACUCUCAAGCUCUCCUUUGAAACAAUGAACAUACCACGCGGAGAACGCAGACAACGUUACUUCGGUUAGAUCUCAAUCUCUUCUCGAAAAUGCAAGUUGUUCAUAGCUAUUCUGAUCGAUCCGACACGAUAUCAGAGACAGGAGUCUUCUGGGAUGUUGGUGAUUACACAAUCCCUGAAGGUUGUGUUCCUGAAUCUGUAUAUGCAACCAUGAAAAGAAACUUUAUGGGUUUUGGUUUUGAUGGUGAUAUAACAAUCUGGGCUUAUAAAGAGAGCAAUACAAUGCCUAUUGAAUUGGUGAAUCGCUUUAGAGAUGUUGGUAUCAUCUUCAAAUCUGAUGUUCCAGAUGAUAAACAUGCAAGGGUUAGAAAAAUGUUGGUAGACACUUUACUCUUCGUCUUGGAUAAGAGGCCUGCAGUUAAUUGGUUGUUAAUCUCAAAAGACUUCUCACAAUCACAAGACACUUUACUCACCAGUCUCCUCCAUGCUUUCAAAGCAAGAAACUAUGUUGCAUUGGCAGGUCUUAUUGAUAUGUAUCACCCUGUUCUGAAGAAUGCUAUUUCACAUAUUACCGAAGGCAGUAUUACUAUCGACAAAAGGCUAGAACGUAUUAUCGAUACUUCUGUUGCAAGGGGAUGGCCAGAAGAGCCUGGCAAUGGACUCUUCUGGGACGUUGUGGAUUACCCAAUCCCUACAGGUCUCAGUGAUGAUUCGAUUUAUCUGAAUAUUGGAUCAGCUCUUUGUCAUAGAGGUCAUAGGGGUGAUGUGUCAAUAUGGGCUUAUGGUGAGAAGCAAACUUUCCCAGAAGAUUCAGACCCAGAUUCCAAAUUCAAAAUCGGAUUCGUACCUGACGGGCCAAACUAUUCAAGAGGUUUUAAAAUGUUGUUGGACAUGCUUCUCUGGGCACUAGACAAUCCUGUGGAACAUGAUGAAGUUGGAUAUCCAACUCUGAUGAUAUUAUCCAAAAACAUCUCAGAAGAAACAGACUUCACCCGCGUAGUUCAAGCUUUGGAAAACAGAUAUUAUGAUGUUCGCGUAUCAGAGCCCGAUAAGGUCCCGCGUAGUGCAAGCUUUGGACUUGUCUAUUAGGUGGAGGAAAGCUUAAGAGCCAAUGCUCAGAAGGUCCUGAAGAUCACAAGGGGGAAGACACUGAUUGUGUUUCUACAUCUGCAGAAGAAGCUGCUGCAAAACGGCGAUGUCUUUAAGAGUGAUGCAGCGUUCAACAUUGUCAAAACACUGAUUCUGUUUCUGUUUCUAUGUUACUUCAUAGAAUGUCUGAUUUUUUUUUGGUUCUUCAGUUUGUCUCUUCCAAACAAAAGUGUUCAUAUUAACUAACUUUUGUAAUAUCAGUUUGCUUCUUCGUU